UAUUUUGACAGCUAAAACGUGAAAGGCGCCACAUUCCUUAAGAGCUGAAGUUUUAAAAAUAGUUACAGCAGCCAGGCGCUCGUAAUAAGAAAUUAUCUCAAACAUUUUUCAAAGUUUGGUAAAAAGUUAAUAUUUAUCGAAUAUAAGAUGGGUUCCUCACUAACUCUGCAGAUUCUUCUCUACCUGACAAGCUUUUACUUUGGCAUGUUCAUGCUGUGCGAAUUUGGGAUGCUAAUUUUUAAGGGGAUGCACCUACCCUACCCAAGUUCAGGUCUUUGGAUUGACGGAGUCCUGCUGGUGCUUUUAGGAGUGAUUGAAUCCUUCCGUAUUCUCGAAGCGCAAAAAGCGAAUCUGACAAACAUGCAAGGCAGGAUGGUUGUCUCCUUGGCGCUCUGUGUUCCAUCAGCUCUUGCUGUUGUUUAUUUUGCAGCCUGGCAGAAUUACGUUCUCCGACUUGAACUCAUUUUGUGCAUCAUUCAGCUUGGAAUGACAGCGAUUCAGUUUGUGCUGGGUGUUGUUGAACUUAUAGGCAGAUAAAUUUUUGUUGUGUAAUUUUCGAAAAAAAAAAA